CAGCCUCCUGACGUCAGCCCCGCGCACGGCGCAGGGACGCGCUAGCGGGCGGCGCGGGGCUCGGUGCGGCGGCGGGCGGAGGAGACCCGCGGCGGGCGGCUGCGAGCGGCCGCCGCCCGCAGCCCCCGCCAGCAUGUCCGCGAAGGAGCGGCAAAAGGGCACAGUGACCAAGGACAGCGUCACCCUCCUGCCCUGCUUUUACUUCGUGGAGUUGCCCAUAUUGGCAUCUUCUGUUGUUAGCCUCUAUUUUCUUGAACUUACUGAUGUCUUCAAGCCAGUUCACUCUGGAUUUAAUUGCUAUGACAAGAGUCUGAGUAUGCCAUACAUUGAACCUACACAAGAGUCUGUUCCCUUCUUGAUGUUGCUUAGUCUGGUUUUUGCUGGACCAUCAAUUACGAUAAUGAUAGGAGAAGGAAUUCUCUACUGUUGCCUGUCCAAAAGAAGAAAUGGGAUUGGAACAGAGGCCAAUAUUAAUGCAGGAGGAUGCAACUUCAAUUCAUUUCUUAGAAGAGCUGUCAGAUUUGUUGGUGUUCAUGUGUUUGGUCUUUGUUCCACUGCUCUUGUUACUGAUAUUAUACAGCUAUCAACAGGAUAUCAGGCACCAUAUUUCCUGACUGUUUGCAAGCCUAACUAUACAUCCUUAAAUGUAUCCUGCUCAGAGAAUUCAUAUGUUGUGGAAGAUAUUUGCUCAGGAGCUGAUCUCAAUAUCAUCAAUGCUGGAAGAAAGUCAUUCCCUUCUCAACAUGCCACCCUGGCAGCUUUUGCAGCAGUGUACAUCUCGAUGUACUUCAAUUCUACAUUAACAGACUCCUCAAAACUUCUGAAACCACUCUUGGUCUUUGCUUUUAUCAUCUGUGGAAUUAUAUGUGGUCUGACUCGUAUCACCCAGUAUAAGAAUCAUCCAGUUGACGUUUACUGUGGCUUUCUCAUAGGAGGAGGAAUUGCUCUCUAUUUGGGCCUGUAUGCUGUGGGAAACUUCUUACCAAGUGACGAGAAUGUGUUUCACCCAAAUUUUCACAGAGAACCUCUAAGGUCUUUGACAGAUCUCAGUCAAGAUGCCAACAGAAUCCUGCCAGGUAAAAAUGGUAGCAGCAGCGAUGGCAUUGUCUCUCAUCGUGCAGACAGUAUCCUGAAUAGAAAUCACAGAGAUUCAGGGUCUCUGACUAAUAUCAAGAGGGCAAAUGCUGAUGUAGAAAUAAUAACGCCACGAAGCCCAAUGGGAAAGGAAAAUAUGGUUACUUUCAGCAACACUUUGCCAAGAGUCAACACACCAUCCUUAGAAGAUCCAGCAAGACGAAAUGCAACAAUACACGCAUCAAUGGAUUCUGCCCGUUCCAAACAGCUGCUUUCUCAGUGGAAGAACAAGAAUGAAAGUCGAAAGUUGUCGCUGCAAGUAAUAGAGACUGAAUCUGGCCAGUCACCACCAAGGGCUAUUGAAAUGAGGUCAAGCUCAGAACCCUCCAGAGUGGGUGUAAACGGAGAUCAUCAUGGCCCAACAGGCCAAUACCUGAAAAUUCAACCUGGCAGUGUACCAGGCUGUAACAACUCAGGCCUUUCUGGUGGGCCAAGGGUCUCUAUUCAGUCACGUCCUGGCUCAUCCCAGCUGGUGCAUAUUCCUGAAGAGACUCAAGAGAACGUGAACACAUCACCUAAAAGUAGUUCAGCUAGAGCUAAAUGGCUGAAAGCUGCUGAGAAGAGUGUUGCAUGUAGAAGCAACAGCCAGCCAAGAAUCAUGCAAGUAAUAGCUAUGUCUAAGCAGCAAGGAGUGCUUCAAGGCAGUCCAAAAGGUUCAGAGGGAAGCACAGUCACCUGCACAGGAGCCAUCAGAUAUAAAACCUUGACAGAUCAUGAGCCAAGCAGCAUCGUCAGAGUUGAGGCCCAUCCAGAAAAUAACAGACCUGUAAUUCAGAUGCCAUCAGAAGGUGAAGGAAGUGGGUCAUGGAAAUGGAAAGGUCCUGAAAAAGUCACCCUACGUCAGACAUAUGAGCUAAAUGAUCUCAACAGAGACUCUGAAAGCUGUGACUCCUUAAAAGACACUUAUGGGUCAGGUGACAGGAAAAGGAGCAACAUAGAUAACAGUGAGCAUCACCAUCAUGGAAUCACUACAAUAAGAGUCACACCAGUGGAGGGAAGUGAGAUUGGCUCAGAGACUCUGUCCAUUUCUUCCAGCCGGGACUCAACACUUCGAAGAAAAGGUAACAUCAUUUUAAUCCCUGAGAGAGGGAGCAGUCCAGAGAACACCAGAAACAUCUUCUAUAAAGGCACAUCCCCCACACGAGCAUACAAGGAAUGACAGGAGACAUAUCAGCUGGUCCGUACCACCACAAAGUAAACAGGUCUUGACACAGGUUCUGCUCCUUUCUUUUGAGCUGAUAUUUAUCUUUGAUGUGCCAAACUAUUGACCAGCAGCCCAGCUGUUGUUGAACACUGCUGAUGUGCAAUGUGCAUGAGCCUGUGGAAAGCAUGUGGUGGGGGGAAAAGCACAACGCCAGAACCUAACUAAUGUGAAAUGCAACUUGUUUCUUCAGACUCAAAACAUUUAUCUGAGGGUGAUGAUGUCAAUCAAAACAAUGGUCUUGAACAAAGACACUUUAUUUCCUGAAUGUGCCAACUUUUUAUUUUAUUUAUAUUUGUGUCCAGAAUCGGCUGAAUUUUUCACAGCAAAGGCUGUAUCAGUGAUAUAUAUUCACCUUUGCAGAAUUUGCACCAAAUCUUUAAUACAGGAUGGUGCUGAUGAUAACUUUACAUAUUUUGAAAAAUUGCAUACUUAUUAGACUCUGCAAAACACAUGACAUAUUGAUGUGCAGUUACUUUAAAAGUAUAAUUGCUAAUACUAUGAUGACGCUGGCUGCAUUCAUUUAGUGUAGGAAAUAUUUACAGCUUUGUUAUAGUGGAUCUGUCACAUUCAAAGAUUGCAAAGGUUUUGUGUAGUUCUUUAAGAUGUCUACUGCAACAAAAAUGUGUGGGUGACAUUCCAUUAGAAUGGAAUAACUAUUUUGAAUAGUUUUGCUGCUACUGCUCAACUUUUGUUUAAGAACAGGUGCUACUAAUGAAGAGGCUGCUUCUUAGUGGGCUAACUUGUAGAACUGUUUUAAAUUAUGUUUUUAAGGGGUCUUUUAAAGUACUAGAAGUAAUUCAGAUUUUACAUUUUUAAACCUCUUAUUCUGUCCUUAUAUUUCUCUGUUAGUUUUUAACCAUAUAAUGUGGGACACCAAUAACUGCAAGAUGUGCAAAUGUGAAAGGUGAGCCAUGAGUAAAUAAAUGGCCACUUUCCUGAGACGCUUCAAAGGAGACAGUAAUUAAUAUCAUAGCUCACAAUUAGAAGCAGUCAUUCACCUCACUUGCUUAGCAUGCAACAAGAACAAUCACAACUUUCACCCCAGUCACCAUCUUUUCGGGGCUUUAUGCUUCGCUUUAAAAAUGGAAUGCCUUGAUAUUGCAGAAGCACUGAAUGAGUGUUGCAUUGUGCCACUACUACCAUUCACAUCCCAUGAGACACCCUCUAGAGCCUUCGUAAGCAUAUUUUUUCCCACCACUGCCACUUCAGAAUAUGGAGGGUCUCUGCACCUGAGAGAACACAGAUUAUUUUAGUAAAUUGAGUUUCAAAUAUAAUGAAAGAACUUGCCUGCUAAAAAUCUCCAUUGCCAAAAAACGUUGAAAAGAUAAGCUCUGAAAGGAAUGAGUAUAACACGUCCUGGGCAUGCCAGCAGAAAUGCCUCAUUACAUCUGGCUCUUACUUAAAUAACUUUUAAACCAUGAAGCAAGACAGGGGCAGUGCUAGCCUCGUGCUGCUUCUCAUACUCUCCUAGAUGACUUCCACCUGAAAAAAAGCUACUAUCACACACCCACCAGCUCCCUGGCUAGGAGCAGGAGGGAAUGGUUUAGCAGUCCCCGCCCUGCCUAAGUAGUAGCAGAUCAGGUCUGUUCUCUGGCUUUUUUUGAGGAGUGUUUCGCUCUAAGUUAUCUUCUGAUUUAGUGUAUCGGAGAACCUGAUACAUCCUACAUAGUCAGAACCUGUCUACAAAACCUACACCACAGAGCUCUGAGGAAAAGCCAAGAAUGAGGUACAAAGGAAGAAUCAUCCCAACCCAAGAAGAUAUAUAGCACAACACACACAGACCAAAAAAAAAAAAACCUCAAAACCAAAAUAAAUCCCAAACAUAAACCCAAUCCUAAGUAAUUUCAGAAGUAUGAGGAUGGUGUUUGCUAGUUAAUAUAGAAGGGAUUCAGAGUCAAUGGAAAGCUUUAUAUACCUUCCCAGUUACACAGGUGCUCCAGGCUCAGCUGAGUGCUGUCAGCCAACCCUGUCAAGCAAUGCUUCCCUCACCUGCCCAUCACCCAACGCUGUGGAGGAGUGUUGGUCCUUAAGGAAAUGACCAUGCUUCCCAGCUAGUUAACGGAAAAAGACCACAUCGUGCAUUUGAUGAUUGGGGGGAAGUAUUCUGCAGGUUACACGUAAGAAGCCAACUAGUAGUGUUGCAUCAUACUGUGUAUGUGAAAGGCACAGCAUGUUGAAGACACACUUCAAGGCACAUUAGCUGGGAAAAAUAAUCAUAGAUGCUGGGGGGUGGGGGGAAAAGAGUAAUUUUUUAGAAAUAUGUUCUCAGACUCUAAUAUUUACAAGUCAGGAUUUAUUUUUUCUUUUUAAAAGAAUAAAUCUUCAGUCCUUGCUAUUUAAUAUCAAAUUUUGUACAAGGUUCCAAGGAAUUACAAACACUUGGAUUGUCAUAAACAAAACCCUUUGGAUUUAGUUUAGUCUAAGUACAAGAUAAAGCAGGUAGGAUUAGCUUUAAAGGAAUGAGUAAGACACAAUCACUGUUGGCUUAUCAAUGCAGGGAAAUAAGAUGCAAUCAUUUGUUAGUUUGUAAGUGCAGGGGAAAAGAACAUAAGUAGAUGAACCUGGAAAUAAUGGAAAAUUGAAAUGGAGAAUAAUGGCAAUAAAGCAAAGAUUAGAAAAUGUUCCCUCUGGCAAUUUAGCUGUUUUGGAAACAGCAGGAUUCCUGGUGGGAGUGUUUGUUCUUUAUUCCUUGGUUUUAGUCAGAUGUAUAUUGGCAUAUGUGUUGCUUUUAUUACUCUAAAACUUGCUGCACUCUUUCAAGUGCAGUGUGAUAUUUUUCCUAAGGUUUCCUAUUUCUUAACAAAAGAUUUUAAAGCUCUUGUGUAAUCAUUGAAAUUAUGUUCUUUACAUAAAUAUUGAUAUAUUCUUUUUUACUCCAAGUGCCAAAGGCUACUGUUUUUAAUAAUGGCUUAUCAAAUUAUAUUACGUUAAGAGAGCAGAAAUGUAAUAUAUACAUUGGAACUCAGACCUCUGCAUGUAUAUUUGAUAAGGAGCCUUUUGUAAAAUUACUCUUUGUUUACAUUCCACUGAUACCUUAAUUUAAAAUUAAUCAAAUAAAUUGACAGGUGACAUCUUCUUAGUGUUCUGAUUUUCUUACUUGCUAACAGGCACAUAUUUCUUUGUUAGGCUGUGCUUUACUGAGAAAAUACUCAAAAAUAAAAUAUGUUUUUAAAUGAGAAUUCUCUAUAUAAAGUAUUGUGUUUAAUAAAAUGUUAUGCAAUGUUUUCAAAUGGAAAAGAAUUUGUAAAUUGCUAUAAAUGUAUUUUGUUAAAUAAGUACAGAUCAAUGCUAUUGUGUGAGUUUAUUGUGCUAACAUCAUGAAAAUAAAGAUGAAAUUCCUCAUUGA